CCCACCUAUCUACUCUAUCUCUUUCUCUCUCCCAAUUUCUCUCUCGUAGGUUCUUAAUUAUAAUCAUUUCAAAGAGAAGAGAUGCAGCAAAGUUGGAAGUUGAGUUGCAUAUCAUCAAGUGAAAGCGCUUGUUUGGAAGGUGAUGAAGAAGGAGAAGAAUCAAUUUUCCUUUCCCUUUCCCCACCAGGCCAACGCCAUUCUUUCUCUUCAAAACAACACCAAUCUUCUCUUCAAAACCCUAAUCACCAAAAUGCAGCCGUCGCCGUCACCGUCGCCAUGCACAUUGGCCCUCCACCCGCCCUCUCCUCCUCCUCCACCCCCGCCGUCCGCCCCCUUGACGCCGCCCACUACUGGAUCCCUACGCCUGCCCAAAUCCUCGUUGGUCCCACCCAGUUCUCCUGCUCUGUCUGCACUAAAACCUUCAACAGAUACAACAACAUGCAGAUGCACAUGUGGGGUCAUGGAUCAGAGUACAGAAAAGGGCCAGAAUCAUUAAGAGGAUCAAAGCCAGCUUCGUCAAUGCUUAGGCUUCCAUGCUAUUGCUGUGCAGAAGGGUGCAAGAACAACAUAGAGCAUCCAAGGUCAAGGCCAUUGAAGGAUUUCAGGACUCUUCAAACCCAUUACAAGAGAAAGCAUGGGGCAAAGCCUUUCAGUUGUAGGAAAUGUGGGAAGCCAUUUGCUGUAAGAGGGGAUUGGAGGACACAUGAGAAGAACUGUGGAAAGCUUUGGUUUUGUAUUUGUGGCUCUGAUUUUAAACAUAAAAGAUCUCUUAAAGACCAUGUUAGAGCCUUUGGAGAUGGCCAUGCACCUCACACUGUUCAACUUUGUGAGGUUGAAGAUGAUGAUGAUUGGGAUGAUCAUGAUGACACAGAUCAUCAACAUGUAAAUGGACCUCAAGGCUGGUCUAUUUAUCAUUAACUUUUUUUUUCCCCUUCUUGAACUUCUUAAAUUAACUUACUAUUUUGUU